UUCCCUUCACUGUAUGGAUACUGUGGCGCUACUCUGCCCCGCUACAUUGUCAUUAUCAAGCGGCGAAAGCAGUGGGGGAAAAUGGCGAAAACGUACGAUUAUCUCUUCAAACUCCUUCUCAUAGGAGACAGUGGAGUUGGCAAAACCUGUCUGCUCUUCAGGUUCAGCGAAGACGCGUUCAACACCACCUUCAUAUCAACAAUAGGGAUUGACUUCAAAAUUCGGACGAUAGAACUGGACGGCAAGAAGAUUAAGCUUCAGAUAUGGGACACGGCAGGGCAGGAGAGGUUCAGGACCAUCACCACAGCGUACUAUCGCGGAGCGAUGGGCAUAAUGCUGGUGUAUGACAUCACCAAUGAGAAAUCCUUCGAAAACAUCAAGAAUUGGAUCAGGAACAUUGAGGAGCACGCAUCUUCUGACGUGGAGAGGAUGAUCCUAGGGAACAAGUGUGACAUGAACGACAAGAGACAAGUGUACAAAGAGAGAGGAGAAAAGUUAGCGAUAGAUUAUGGGAUCAAAUUCUUGGAAACUAGUGCAAAAUCAAGCAUAAAUGUGGAAGAGGCCUUUUUCACGCUCGGGAGAGACAUCAUGACCAGGCUGAACAGAAAAAUGAAUGACAACAACCCGUCGGGCGGAGGAGGGCCCGUGAAGAUCACAGAGAGCCGAUCCAAGAAGAGCAGCUUCUUCCGAUGUGCGCUGCUCUAACGGACUGCUCCCCCGUCUGCGCGGACUUUAGCACAAACCUCUCUUCUCUGCUUCCUGAGGAGGGCGCCAUGCCCCCAGCCAUAACACACGGACCCUCAGCUGCCCCGCUGCUGAGAGCCGCUGUCCUGUCCGCCUCGGCGGGGGGGAGGUCUCUCAGUCCCGUCUCAAAUACAAAACAAAAAAAAGAAAGCCGAAAAACGGAGCAAAGAAAUGUGCACGGACCUGCUGAUGAAGUGUCAGGGGCUCCGCUGACCUGUGAACAGUAGCUGACCCUGUCGUCCCCACUGCUGGGAGUCAUUCGGCCCUUUGUCUCUGACCGCGUACCCAGAUUUCUGUGUUUGUGCCGGGCUUAAACUCCACGUGCCCAUCGCGCGCCGCUUAUUGCCUAAUGCUUUUGCUAUAGCAGGACAACAAAACGUUUUGAUUAGGUUCCUUGUUUUAAUGUCGUCUCCAUAUUUGCACACUGUUUUUGGGGUGCCCUUGAUCCCGUUUCAGUUUUACUGCGAGAAGGAUGCCAUCCAUCGUCAUGAAACGCACUUCUGCAUCCCAAAUCUAAAUGCCCCAACUGGGCUUUUACACAGAGGAGAGGAGGUGUGCCAUAACAGGAUGCUUGAGUGUGACAGAGAUGUGUGUGCAUUUUCCUUUUCGCUAAAUUUUGCUUUUAUUUUCUACCAAAGCUGAUCCUGUCAUCUUAAUGUCUCAGUCAGUUGCUUAGUAACUGUGGCCUGCAGCUGUUUAAUUGCGCUUUAAACGAAGGCCUGUUUCAUACGAAUGGUUCGGUGUUGUGGUGCUGGGAAUGGAAAUAAAUACAAUGAAGGAUAGGUAAAGCUAUGUGGAAGGAGCUGGAUUUUAAUAAUGAAUUAACAAGCUGUGACUGAUGCCAUGUGUGCUUGCAUUGAAUAGCUGUAAUACAGCAUGUUUAAUAAGAGUAGUAUAUUAGCAAGAAUGUCUAGGUAAGUGCUUGGGAAGAUUUUUGGAGGUUGGUUGGUUAUUCCCACAGUAUGGUGUAGUGCAAGAGGUAGCAUUGCUGGCACUUUGAGUGAAAAGCACCUUUGAAAGGAGUUCACAGAAAAAUGCGUGAAAUCACAUGUUUAAGUUUCCUUUAAUGUUCUUUACACCUACCCGGCAGAUAUUGGUAGGGGAACUGCUAUUCCAGUCAGGAAAGAUGUGCAAUAGUAUAAUUUGGCUCACAAACUCCUGGCAGUUUUUCUCGCCAUUUUUAACAGAUGAGCUAAUGAGGAUACAGUACAUUGAAAUUUGCUCAUUAUAACCUAUCAAAUGUAACUAACUAGAUGGUGGGGGGUAUCUUUCUUACUCUUAAGUGUCUUUUUGCAGCUUUUAUUGUUCUUUUAUUUUGAAAUUCAGCAGGCUUGGCCAGGCAUAAUCGUUGCUUGUAGUUGCGCAUUGCGUCCUCUCCUGUGGAAGACGUUUGCAUUUUGCAGCUUGAAAUGGCCACAGGGGGGCGCUGGUUGAUUGUGAGGAGUCAAGACGAGGGCAGAUCUCCAUACUAGUGCUUAUUGAAGGGGCGGCAGGUUUGAGCUCUGCUGCAAAUGCAUAUUUGUAAUGUACUUAAUGUAUUAUUAUAUUUUUGUAUGUAAUCUUCCAAAACUUUGAAUUCGUACACCAUGCUCUCUAAGAACUUGUGAAACCAUAGGAAAACCACUUUAUGCAUGCCUGUGUAAAUUCCCUGUAAACUAAAUGACUGAAAUGUCAUGCAUUUCUGGUUGAUUAAUCCAGGAUUUUAUUUCAUAUUAAUGUUAUCACUCUCACCUUUAUUUUUUUAAGUGCAGUUGAUUUUUUCUUCUUUCAGAAAAAGGUUCAAUGUUAAUUUUGUUUGCAUUGUUUACAAAAGCUGUUCUUCAGUAUUAACUCUUUCUUUAGCUGCACUUUACCUUGUGUGUUUUGGCUCAAUUUAAGGGUGCGUUUUUAUGUACACAAGUGGCAAUAAAAGUCACACUUGUGCCGAUGUUCAGGUUUAAAACAUUUCAUAGUAUAACUGAACGGCAACGGGCAAAGCUUGUGACGUAACAACUUAAAUCGUGGGCAAAGUGCACUUUAAGACGUAACCACUGCACUCCACUUUACGGGUUGACGCAACAACUGAUCGAUAUAACAACCACAUGCGCUGAGUAAGAUAAGAUUCAGAAAUAAUUUGCUCUGAUCCAAGCUGUUGCAUUAUAGCACAAUAUGUAUUGUCUGAUUUAAGGUAAUUUACUGUUUACCUUAUUGUAUGGGCAACCUCCGAAAUGUGAAACAUUUUUAAUGUUUCUUCUUUUGAAAAAAACUUUUCGGUCAUUUUCGGAAUUUGAUUCCAUGGCUCAACAGUGCACCCCAAGUCUCAACUGAAGGUAAAUACAUGAAAAUUUAAUUGACAUACUUGUCCUGGCUCAUGCAAAUCCUGUAUUUGUUUACCCAUCCCGGUAAUGACUGGCUGAUUUGUAUUUUUCUGUGCAAUGAAGAAAUAUUGUUUUGACUGUGUCCUACUGUACUAAAGUAUAAAUUCAAUGUCCUUCCCAGAGACAGAAACAUUCUGGCUCUAUCAUACUCUUGAAAAGGGGAUUGUGACUAAUUUGAACAAAUGUUAAUGUUUUCAUAUUUCUACCAUUGAAAGUUCAGUGACCCAUGUUCAUAGUUUAUGCAUUACUGUUGUGUAAGAGAGAAAUAAACUUGGGUGAUAACAGUAAAGUAACUCUGAAUAGUAUGAGUUUCUCAAUAUUUGUGGGUCAAGGAUUGCUUUUUU